CCUCACAUUGCUCUGAGGGGAGCACUUUUUUAUGGCAGAAGUGUAAAGUAGAGCCCUGCGCAGGACUAUUUUCUUCAUCCCACAGCCGCUCCAGCCUGUUCCACCCCUGCUGAAUUUCAGACAAUUACCACUCACAACCGCAACGUGUCGUGUGUGUUACGGUCAAGUGUCAAGUGUCUCUGCUUUGAGAAGAAAGCUGUUGCUCUGCAAAUAUGGCAAGAACCAAGCAGACCGUCCAUAAAUCAACUUGUGGGAAAGUACCCAGAAAACAGCUGGCUACAAAGGCUGCCUGUAAGAGCACUCUUGCUACCGGCGGCAUGAAAAAGCCUUACCGUUACAGACCCAGUAGUACCGUGGUGCUGUUUGAGAUCCAUCGCUACCAGAAAACCACAGAACUGCUGAUCUGCAAGUUGCUCUUCCAGCACCUGGUGAGAGAAAUCACUCAGGAUUUCAAGACUCAUCUGCAAUUCCAGAGCUCCGCUGUGAUGACGCUGCAGGAGGUCCGCAAGGCUUACCUGGUCUGCCUGUUUGAGGACACCAACCUGUGCACCAUCCAUGCCAAGAGGGUCACCAUCAUGCCAAAAGAUUUCCAGCUGGCGUGCUGCAUCCAAGGAGAGAGGGCUUAAAGUGAUCUCAUUGUGUCCACCAGACAAAUCUUGACACUUGCAUGAAUUUGAUUCU